CCAUCCCUCUCCCACCCCCUUCUUUCCCUACUGUAAUCACGAAACACGCUGAACUUGUGUACAUUAACAACGUCAACAUCAAAAAUAAGGAGAAAAGAAGACGGGUUUUUUUUCACACAUUGUGGCUAAACAAACAAUCAUUCUCAAACCAGUAAAAGAAUAAAAAUUCAGGAUUCUGGUAGGUGAAGUCAUUUUUAUUUCCUUCACAAAUAAACAGCCCCUUUUACCAUGUUUAUCGGCUGCAUCGUCUUUGGGCUCCUAUCCAAAAUGAGCGGUUAUUUAAUAUGGGCGCAUAUUUAAAGUAGGCGUUGAUUCAAAAAGAUUGCACUUUAUAUUGAAAACAUCAAUAUCAUCAUAACAUAUACUGCCAUAUAAUCACAAGCUGUAAAAAUUUCAAAUUUCGAUAAUUUUCUUUUAUUCUUUAUUAAACACUACAGAGUACAGAAUGGCAAAAAAAUAUUUUUUUAAACUGUUUAUGUUCUGCUGAUGCGCCCUUCGUAAUGACUUGGCAGAUUUAAAACAUGGACGCGUGAAUAUCGAGAAUCUUUAGCGUGUUUUCAUCAUAUUUAUACGCCAAUCGUUGGCGUAUAAAAAUUCAAUUUUGCCUAGUAACAGUAACCAUAGCAACAAAUUAAAUAAUAUGAAAGAAGUUGGAAAAAGGUAUUUUUAUAUAUUAUAUAUAUAUAUUUAGUACUGCUAGUCUUUUAAGUUGAUCCUUGUAUUCAAACCACGCUACAUGCUGAAAAAAUUCUAACUGUAGAUUCAUAUGUCAACUGUAGAUUCAUACACAGUUCACAACAUUUGCUACUAACACCCACCCACGCCCUAGGGCGUUAAUAGUUUUUCAAAAUUACGUCCAUUAAUUAUGCUUGAAACUUUUUUUUUCAUGCUUCGGAGUUUCAAAAAACGUUUUGCAUUUUUGGCUUAAUUGGCGCCUAAAUAAAUUGGUCGAUCAAAGCUAAGUAAAAAUAUGGAAAUAUCUAAAUAUCAAAAUAGUAAUCACUUUUUUACAAACAGAUACAAUCAAUAACGUACGUUUCACAAGCUGUAUUUUUUAAAAAAAAAACAAGAGAAUGAUACGUUGGAAAGUUAUUUGCUUAUGUUUCUACCUCUGUCACUAGAUUGCCUGAAAACACUGCCUCUUUGUUUGCUUUUUGUAAUUUCUUGGUCAAACUAAGCUUUGAAGUUUCACACAAACACAACAAGUGGCAAGUUAGACUGUGGUUUUUGUUAGAUUGUUAUGGAUGUGAGAAUAUCUGUUGUUUAACUGCUUAUCGAUAUUACAUUCAUUCAAGUUGUACAAAUAUAUGUUAUCAAUGUGGUAUUGAAUAGUUCUGUCAAAUUGAUAUUGAAGAAGAAAACAAAGAACGAAAAAUAACAAUUUUAAGAGUUUGCUAUCAAACUGUGAAAUAUUCAACUUAAGUCCCUUAAAAAUUCUGCAUCUCAGUACUCUAAAUUAACCUUACGAUCUUAACAUUGGAAGUUAUUCGUCAAGGUGAAUAGUAAAAAAAGGUUGUCAACCUGUUAGCAAUUACAACUUACAGCAUUUUAAUGUGCUUUCAAAAUUAUUGACCAACAUUACUAACACCCUCUCAAACAAAGGAAAGCAGAAUUGAGAUAUUAUUACAUAAAAAAAAAUCAAAAUUAGUUGUUGGAUAACACAGUCUCACAGUUUCUUACAAAAACAUUAUAGACUGAUUUAUUUCGGGAGAUUCUCGAAAAAUCAAAACAGUGUCACACUACUUUUCAAGAUGAUGGUAAAAAGCACUCGCAAAAUCAAAUUAUUAUGUUUUGUUUUUUGUUUUACGUGUGUUGAGAGAAUGAUUAAACAUAUCCAGCUAUAGUGACUCGUUAAGGCACAAACAAAAUAAUAUGUUGAAUCAAGACAUAACACAUCCCUCAAUCUCUAAGACUUCAUCCCGCAAUCUCCAAGGUUUCAUCCACCAAAUAUCCAAGAUUUUAUCCACCAAUCUCAAGGAUUUCUUCCACAAUUCUCUAAAAUUUUAUGCUCCAAUCUCCAAGGUUUCACGCCGCAAUCUCCAAGACUUCACAUCCAACAAUUCCCAAGGUUUCAUCCUCGACCCUUAAAAAUUUCGACCAAUCUGUAAGCAAUCUAGUCAUCAUGCAAUAUUGAAAUGAUGCAGCUUGACUUGGCUCUAAUGAUUUUUCUGAAUGUAUUUUUUUACAUUUCAUCUUAUUCUUUAAAAGCAAUAGUGCACCACGUGGUAUUUAAUAAAAAAAUUUAACGUUGCGGGGCACUGACUUGUACAUAACAUAAAUGAACUGAAUGAAGAAUAAAAUAUUUAUGUUUUAUGAUGUCAUAGAAAAUAUCUGAUAGAAAUCUCGUGUCAAAUAGAUAUACAAAUAUUAUGUUCAUGAAUAUUUUACGGAAGAGGAAAGGUAAACUGCGGUGGGCUUAGGAAAAUAUAAAAAUGGAAAAACAAGAAGAAACAGUUGAGAUACAUAAACGGUUCAGUAGUUAAUCGCAGUGAAAGUUGGAUUGUGGAAUUUGGUAAAAAUUAGGAGGUAAUCGUUUUUCACUUGGUAUCAAGUGGUUAACAUUCCUAGCAACUAAAAUUUCGUCUUUAGCCUAUCUCUUUUACCCAUGCCUUUUUUACGGAUCCUUUUUUUAGGCGACCUCUUUUUAACCCGAUUUUUUUACCGACCUUUCUUUUAACCGACCUAUUUUUUUACCACCCUCUUUUUUGGCCGACUUGUUGUUGGUAAGGUAGAUACUUGACACGUGCUUCAACUUUUGUUCAAUGGAAAUGAUGUUACCACCAACAAAAUAGAAUGUCUGCUGGCUCUCCAAAUCCGUUCCUCCAAAGCAGAACCUGUUCACUUCUCAAUCCAUUUCUUCAUUUGAAACAGCCCAUUAAAAUUUGAGAAGCAUGGAGCAAUUGUAUAGAAGCAGUAGGAUUUUAUUUCAUAACAAACUCAGUGAUCUUUUUUCCAAGAUGUCACCAAAACUUAUUUUUUUUGUUUUUCGUGUUCUUUUAUUUUUAGAAGCAACGAGGUAGUCAGUUAGUCUUCGAUAUUAUUGAAAUUGACGCGAUUGUAAAGCAACCUACUGAGCUCAUCAUUAUUUUCCCCAACUGUCUUGUCUAGUUCGUUAAUUAAAAAAAGUGAAUUUUGUUUCUGUUCAUUUUUUCACAGCUUUAAUUUAUACUUAUGAUGUGUACCGCUGUUUUUAUUUUAUUGUAAAAGCUAGAACCGCCAUCUUUCAUUUAGGAUAUUAACUAAAUUGAUGAACCUAUUUUUUGUAAACACGACAAAAGAAAGUCUUUGUUUUUCUGCUUUAAACUUUCAUAUGAUUUCUGUGACCUUUGAAUCAAACUUGAAAAAAGAUGCAAUAAAAUAGGCGUUUAUUUCGGUUUCUUUUUAUAAAUUUAUAUGGCGCAUUUUUUCCUGAUUGGAAAAAUUUUUUUUGUUGAUGUACGAAAUGCAUGGAACAAAAAGAAGAGCUGUCAUCAUUGAUGGAUUCAAUACUUCUUAGUAUUUGAUAAAGUUUUUAUUUAUUUUAUUCCAAUUAAUGCUUAACAGAUAGACAAAGAUUCCAAAAUGUAUAAAGUUAUUUUACAUUAGAUUUUGCAUUAAAUUGUCAGUUUAGAAGUAAACACAAAUGCUAUCAUAAUUUCAAAUUUGGUCAUCGAAAGUGAUUAUAUUGGUUGUUUCUAUAUUAGAGUCGCGCAUUUUAUCUCAGCUUAUCUGGCUAAAUCCAUAUUGUUAAAACAUGCUAAUUGUUGUUAACGUCAGCAUGACCAUUUGUUCCGAAUUUUGCGACCUAUGUGGGGCUUGUUGUGAAUUAUUUCGUCGAUCCGGUGAGCUAGAGAAUGCCAACAACAAAUUGUAAACGUUUCUCCCUGGCCAACGUGCGCCCAAAAGUAGCGACCUUGAUUUAAACCUUUUGGUCAAGCUUGAAAAAUGACGAGAGGCUUUGUUUCGUUAUUUUGUCUACGAUUGUAGUUUUCACUGGUGGUACACUGCUCUCAGUGAAGUUCUGUUUAACACAUCUAUUUCAAGUAAGUUGUGGCCUCUUUACCACUUUAAGUUAAUAUCAGAGAAAGAGUUUUGUGGGUAAAUGAUGCCCGUCUUAAUAUAGAAAAAAAAUUGAAUUAUUUUAUACUAUUUUGUCGUGAAGGUUUUUGUUCCAGCUUUUCAUGCGCAGGAGAUUGCUUAGCUAACAACAUUUGAAGCUCGUUCGAACAAAUCGUAGAAAGAAAUGAAAAGUUACCAGUUGUUUGUUUUUCUUUUUCUAUAACAAUCGCCUUCUCCUGCGAUGUAUUUAAAAAUUUAAUUUGAUAAAACUUUUCAUUGCUGCGUGUUGUAAGGAUUCAGACGUGUUGGUUGAAUGCGUCCAAAAAACAAUUUUUUUUAAGAACUAAAAGUAGCUAUAACAAAUGUAAUUUCUUUUGCAGUUAUUUCUUUAAAAUUCUCCUCAAUAAUUAGUUUUAGCAAAUUAACUCAAACUGAGUUAAGAAAUAGAAAGGAAAUAAAGAAAAAAAUUUGGCAAAACAGAUAAGCAAAUGAAAUUUGUGAAAGCAAAAGUGUAUAAAGUUGUUUAAGGGAGAAAUGUGAUAGUUUUGAAAAAUUAGAAUUUUAUUUUUUUAAAUUUCUCUACGUUUUUAUUCUUAAUUUUUUUUCUUGUGCAUUUAUUUAUUUAUUUAACUUUUUUGUCUUAUUAUAUACUUCAUUAAUUUAUAUUUCUCUACACUUUUUCCCAUCUUCAUUUUGUUUGAUUUAUUUAUUUUAUUUGCCUUAUUUAUUUUUUACGUAUUGUCUCAUUUGUAUAAUUUCAUCCUUUUAUUCAAGCAGCUAGCUACUAUUUAUUUUCUUGCGUUAGAUUUCAAUGAGUCAGCAUUCAAAUUACGUGUACACAAACCCUAUAUGGUAAACUAUGAAAGAAUCAGGCGAAUGACCAAGCGAAAAAUGAAAUUUGCUGUAAUUUUCUUUUUCUUUUUUUUCCUUCUUAGUUAGAAAAAACAAAAACAAAAGCAUACAGAAACUGAAUUGAACCACUAUGUCAUGCAAUAACACAACAUUAGGCAUGCAACAAAACUGUACAUCAGGAACAUACAUAAAACCUGAAGCAGCAAUCAAGGAAUUUAUUAUCCUCAAUGUUAUCAUUGCUACCCUGGCCAUCAUAAUGAACUCGUUUGUUGUAUUUUUAUUCUAUUACAAACGCACAUUACUUAAUACUCCAUCCAAUCGGUUGCUACUUAGCUUAUGCAUUUGCGACUUUCUCGCUGGAGUUAUCGUAACAUGUCAUUGCUUAAUUGAAUUCGAAAUUUUCAAUCAUUGUUUAGCGUUUCGCAUCGUGUUGGAUAUCUUUACAACAAUGCUGGUCGAAUCUGUAAUAAUCCAUUUAUGUGGAAUAACUUUGGAUCGAUUUUUAUCGUUGUUUUACGCGUUACGUUAUAAAGAUAUCGUUACGAGAAAGAAAUCGUUAAAAUUUAUCGCUAGUGCAUGGAUUAUCCCCUUCUUCGCGUCAUCAAUACAACUGACAUGGUUAUAUCGAGUGCUGGAUGGAGAUCCGACCGAAAAUGAUUACAAUAAAAUUGAUAAAAUCGAACCGUGGUAUUCCGCAUCAUCAUUUAUUAUAUUUUUCACAGUUCCAAUGUUUCUUCUUGGGGUCAUAUUUGUUGGUAUGUUCAUUGAGAUUCGAAGACUGCUUUUAAAAACACCAAGCAGGCGAAUGAGAGAUGUUUCUGGCGUAUCUGUCCAACAAAGAUUUGGAUCGUUCUGUGAAUCAUAACAUACUUCCAAACAAACAUCUACUGGAUAUUGGGUACGCUUUGAAAGCGUUGAACUCGUUGUUCGAUCCUAUAAUAUAUACGGCGAUUAAUCGCGAAUUCCGCUCCCUCAUUGGACAUUUAUUCUCAACAC